AUGACUGGGACAUUUGCUUAUCUCACUACCAGCCGUGGCCUGGACCAGGCGCCUAAGCGUGGCAUCACUGUCAACGGAAAGUUCCCUCUGCCUGUUGUCGAAGCUGAAAUAGGUGAUUUACUUGUUCUCAACGUUCACAACUCGCUCGAUGUGCCCACUUCUCUGCAUGCUCAUGGCAUCUUUCAGCGCGGCACCAACUAUUAUGACGGCCCCUCCAUGAUCACAGAGUGCUCAAUUGCUCCAGGAAGCAACUUUACGUAUGAAAUCCCCCUGAAGCAGUCAGGAACAUACUGGAUCCAUGGACACACAGCCGGGCAGAACUUUGACGGACUCCGCACGCCCCUCAUCAUUCGUGAUCCAGCCGAAUCCGGGGACUACGAUGGCGAGUACCUGUUUACGCUUGAGGACUGGUCGCCGUGGACCAUCCAGCAGUCACUGGAUUUCUUGCUGCAGCCCCGCCAAACUGGUCUGCCCCUUGAUCCGCCGCCCCAUGGUCUAACAAAGCCGAUCAGAUUCGAGCCUGGAAAGACCUACCGCAUCCGCCUUGUCCCGAUGACCGGCUUCCCAGCCAUGGAGUUUUCUAUCGAUGACCACGAGCUGAUACUGUAUGAAAUCGACGGUGCCCGCACGAAACCUAAGACUCUGAGGACUAUUCGUAUGACUCCUGGCGAGCGUGCCUCGGUGCUGGUCAAGGCCAAGGAAACCAAGGACAGAAACUAUUCCUAUCAUGUCAGCAUGGUUACUCCCCGUGCUCCGGUAAUUCCUGGAUCCUUGCCGUCUAUCUAUAACGGUACUGUUGAGUACGACGCCAAGGCGCCGCUAGUUCCGACCACCCAGGUCCUGUCAGAGGAGUUCGAUGAACUCACUACCGAGUCACUUGACUAUCUGCCAGCGCUUAAGCCCGAUCGUUCGCUUUUCAAGAACGCGACCCUGGGGUACACCUCAGCUGCUGUUGUCUACGAUACUUUUGAUCUCAUUGAAUACCGCGACCCCAAGGUCCCAGCAAUUUUCAGUGCCUUGACCAUGGGCGAGAUGGCCAGAAACCCGCUCAUCUAUGGCCCGCAGACCAAUACCGAGGUCUUCCAGCUGGAUGAGGUCGUCGAGAUCGUCAUAUUUAGCACGUCCAAUGCCCCACACAUGUUCCACCUUCACGGCCACAUGUUCCAGGUUAUCGAGCGCGGUCAGGUCAAUGAUACCGCUGGAACCACCCGCCGCACUGUCCCCAGCCAUGGCUUCUCACCUCUUCUCCGUGACACUGUCUUUGUGACCCCAUUCACAUAUGUGGUGAUUCGCUUCCGUGCGGAUAACCCAGGCGCCUGGCUCUUCCACUGCCACCUGGAUUGGCAUACACCCAACCUUCGUAGCGUGUUUGUCACUGCGCCCGAUGUCAUGCAGAGGACACUGAAGGUCCCGCAGUCUGUUCUGGACCAGUGCCACAUCCAGGGUAUUCCAACUAGCGGUAACGUGGUUGGAAGGCCCAGCUACGACAUCGAUGGUGCACCUGUUCUCCCUGAUCUCCUGCCCAACCCAUCCUCCGCUUUAGUGGCUUGACAGACAGGCCAAUUGUGAUCUUUAGGGAUACUUUCCACACGCUGUUUUGAAAACUAAUUAGAGAAAUAUGAUGCGGUUAACCCAAUUUCUAUAUGGCAUAGCUGCUAUAUAUGAAUUACCAGAAAUCCAUGGCCCAACCCAUUUCCUUAAUGUAUCAC